UCUGGAUGUCCGCGGACACACGACUAGUUAGACACGUCAAUAAAGUCCCAUCAACUGCAUGCCUUCUGUGUCUCGUAAGUGCGGCAAAAGAUGGUUCAGAGACAAAACGACACGUGCCCCAUCCCAGACCUCAUUCGCCAACACAACAGCCAACCUAUCCCUCUUCACGCAUCAUCUGCCGGUCUUGUCGCGGCAUCGGGUGUGGGCUUGGCCAAGGGCAGGGAGGGGAAAGGCGAGGGGCCUGCGAUGCUGUUGCGUGGCAGCUGUGCCAUGGGCGAUGGGCUCAGUGAGCUGUUGCCGGCGUUGUGUGGGCUGGAGGAACUGCUGUAUGAAGAAGGCGCGCGGGGGACCUUCCUGCGCACACACACAGACAUCGCAUGCAGGAACAUUUGCCUGUGUGUUCAUCAUUCGUGUCGGUCUGUGAUGGCAUACUUGGCUCUGCCGUGGGGCUCGUUCCGAACAGCCUCGUUCUCACACUUGAGCUGCCGAGAGCAUGGCUGUGUCCAUGGCUCCCCGUGUGCAUCCGCCCGCUCACCUGCAGUGAUCUGAGUCCGAGGUCGUAGAAGGCCGACACCAUGACCUGCUUCUCGCGAAGCUGGCUCGUCAGCUGCUCCUCACUGGUCGAUCGAUCGACCGUCCAUCCACACACACACACGCACACACACACAGGUGAAUGAAUGAAUGACAUCAAUUGUCUUUGGCGUACCGGUCCUGUUUGUAGAACUCGACCUGCUUCUCUCUCAGCUGCACCUGCUCCCUCAAGGUCUCCACCACCUGACACAGAUAGGCAUGCGGACGAAAUAGGUAAUGCGGGCAUUGGGGUCUGAGUGUGUGUGUGGUUGGUACGAACUUGGUGGUAUUCCUUUUCGAGUUGGCCUCUGAGGUCAUCUUCAUGUACCUUGGACGCCCUGCGCUCACCCUCCAGCUGACCUUCCAAGGCCUGGAUGGAUGGAUGGUCGUCACACACACGAACAGCUGUACCGGCCACAGGUAUACACGCACCUUGAGCUGUGAGUUGAGUGCGUCGAUUUUGCUCUGUAGUAUGAGCUCGUCCUUCUCCUUCUGCACCUGCAGCAGCUUCACCGUCUCAUUCGCCGUCGCGUCGCCGCGAGCUGACGACUCCAACAAGGCGUCCUUCUCGGACUGCAUCGACAGCACCCACAAUAAAUGGAUAGUACAAACGUGCGAUCCGUUGUCGGGCAGGCACCUUUAAUCGCUUCAUCUCCUCGCUCUGCACAGCUAUCUGGUUCUGGAGAGUCACAAUCUGAGACGAAGACGGCACAGAAAGGAGGGCAUGACACGUUUAUCUUGCUGGUGUCUCCCUUGGUGCCUGUGUUUGUGUCUCGAGGGACUUCUCUUUGGCCUCCAUCAGCUUCUGGUGCAGCUCGUCCUUGCUCUGUACGUCGAAAGCGCAUCCAGCCAUAGACACACACAUGGACAUCGCUCGGUUCGUGCAUGUGCGGAUGCAUACCGAGUAGAGGAGUUUCAUCUGCUGCUGCUCGGCGUCAAAGCGCUCCUUGAGCGACCGGUGCUCAGACUCAACACCCUGUGAGAAACGAGCAGUAUUUUUGUCCGUGGUCACCCAUUCCUGCGUACCCUUAGUCGUUCAUUUUCCUUCUCAAGGUCGUUCAUCUGGCUCAGCAGCAAACCGCUCUGGGUCGCCUCAGUGCCUGACAUGCCCCAUAAACGCACGACACUGCGAGAGCCAGAGACGACUGCAAGACGUGUGUGUCUGUGCGAUGGUUGGUUGGCCUGCUGACCGUGAAUGUCGAGCAGCUGUGCCUCUAGUGUCUGCACCUGCCGCUGCAGCAUCUGUGUGCGGGCCGUGGCCGCCUGGUAGUUCUUCUCGUACCGAUCCUUCAGACGCAACGCAUCAUCCAAAUCGUUCUCAAGCUGCAUGAGCCAUCCAACCAACAAACACACACACUGAAUGUGGGCUGCGAGCCUGGUUGCAUAGCUUCCUGUCUGGCUUGCUGGCUGACCUUGGUGAGCCUGUCAGCGAGGUCCUCGUUGCCGACGGAUUCCUUGAGUGCGGUGUUUUCCUUUUCGAGUUUGGCUAUCCGCUGCUGCAACUCAACCACCUCCAUUGUCGAAGCUGCCGAAGGACCUGUGCAAAGGCAUGCAGAUAUCAGUCAGCAACCACCACUAUAGGAUGACAGAAUGCGCACACAAAGGUCGGUCUGUCUGUCUGCCUACUUGCAUCGCUAGUGGCGCCCAGCGGUGAGUUGGCCAGCUCUGUCUGGAGGGCCAGCUGAGCCGUCACAUUCUGCAGCUCAGUGUCCUUGUUCUUCCUGCACACACACACAUACGCACAUGCAUGAGACACAGCACCAAAAGCUGCCUAAAUCCCUGCCUCCCAGGCUCCCUCACCAAUCGCGGUCCAUGUCCUUGAUCUGCUGUUUGAGCGAGUCGUUUUCGGCCUUGCACUCGACGAGCUCGAUGCGGCCGGCGGACAGAUCGCUCUCCUGGUCGGCACACUUGUCCUUGUACUGCUCCAGGGUCUUCUUGAGGGCAGCCAUGGUGCGCAACUCCUUGUCCUUCUCCUCCAACUGCUCACUCAGCUCCUGCAGAGGAGCAGACAAUAGGGCAGAACAGAUAUGCGAGAGUGCACACACCGAGCUGAAUUUGAUACCUACACACCUGAGUCUGUGCCUCUAGCUCCCGAUUGCGCCUCUUUUCUUCCCCCAGCUCCUCCAUUUUGCCCUGGUGAAUGGAUGGACACAUGUACAUGGUGUUUGUGUCUACACAUGUAUCCAUUCUUACCUUGUAUCUCUGUAUCUGUGCCUGCAGCACUUGCGCCUGCGACGCCUGGGCCUUCAAGACGUCCACCUCAUCAGCCAUGCUGUCAGGAAGAGAGACACGUGAAACGACAUCGAUGCACUUCACACGUGUGUGGUGAUUCAGGAAAGGAGUGUGUGUACGUUUGCAUCUCCUCUUUGUGUUUCUGCUCGGCUUCCCUCUGCUGCCUCCGAAGCGACUGCUCAGAAGCAGACAGGGGAGGGUGAGACACGCAUAACACAUGCAUUCGUGGGCUCUGGUCGUUUUGUCAGACUGACCUCGAUUGUCUCCUCCAGCUCAUGGAUGGUGCUCUCGAGCGCCUGACGCUGUUCUGACACCUCCUUCUGCACACACACGCAACAAGGUCACCCUGAUGAGACGACAUCCGCCGAAGACAUACCUGCAUCUCAGACUUGGAAGCAUGGACAAAGUCCUCGGACGACUUCCGUCUCUGCCACUCCUCCUCGAGCAUCUUCGUAAGCGACUGGUUCUUCUGCAUGAGGCCGUCCUUCUCGCUCUCCAUCUCACGAAACUUGUCCCACAAACCGUCGUAACGUGACUUGAGCUGAUCGUAGUCCCUCUGCAGAUCCUUCAGCAACUUUACCUGAACCCCACACACACAUAGAGAGAAUGGGAUACCAAAGUGCUCACACUGUGUCUGCUGUGCUGACGUGGUGCACGCCUUGGCUGGUGGCCAAGAGACCAUACGGGGAACCGUCUUUGGAUGAAGGUGUCAUGAUUGUGUGUGCCCGCCCUCUCUGUGGCGCCCCCGCGCCCCUCUCCAUGGCCCGCUGAAUGAUGGUCUGCAUGGCCAGCUGAGUCGGCUGAGACAGACCCAUGAUGCGAUUGAUGAAGGCGUCCUUGCGAUCACAACCUGACACAGUCAGAUAAGAAAGAUCUCCAUUCAUCCAUUCCACUCAUGUGCUCUGCCGUCUCUGUCUCUCCUUCCGUCUCUCAUGUGGGCGUGGUGCCUGACUGACCUAGCAUGACGGCCACAAUGAUCUCUAGGACUGUAAGAACCUCACCGAAAUACCCCGCAGCCACCUGAUCCACAGACACGGUGGGCAUCUCCCACCGCCCCAGCUUCAGCGAGAAAUCCCUCAAGACAGCCUCCACCUUGGCCACGCCGUCCCUCUUUUGGCUCUCACCCACCAGCUUGUCCCGGGGCGUCAUCAGCCGCUGGCCGAGGCUCCCCCGUCGCUCGAACAUCUUCAUGGCUUGGCACAGGUCCUGGAACUCCCCCGGGUCAAUCUCGCCCAGCAUCUUGGCGAACACCUGCCCGUCGCUGAAGUCCUCGACCGACACCACGGGGCUGCUGGCCGCAAAGUCAAAAGAAUUCACCCACUCGAUGAGCAGAUGGGGCUCCUCGGAAGCAACCAUUUCAGAGUCAGAAGAAACACCUUCGUCCAUGGAGACAAGACGGUGUCAGCGGCCUCCGAAUCUCCUCAAAGAAUGCCAGAGUUUCG